GAUCAUUACCCAACUAUGACUCAACAACUGAAUGGGAAUAUUUUGAAAACCAUUGUCCUGGGCCAGAUGUUGUCCCUGUCUAUCUGUGGGACAGCCAUCGCCAGCCAGUAUUUGGCAGAAAGAUACAAAGUGAACACCCCAAUGCUCCAGAGCUUUAUCAACUACUGCCUGCUCUUCCUCACUUAUACAAUGAUGCUGGCAUUUCGAUCAGGCAGCGAUAACCUUUUAUACAUCUUGAAACGAAAAUGGUGGAAGUACAUCUUGUUGGGACUAGCAGAUGUGGAAGCGAAUUACAUGAUUGUCCGAGCAUACCAGUACACGACUCUGACCAGUGUCCAGAAACCAGGAUUCCAUUUCCCAUGCUGGCUUAUUGAAGUGGCCACGAGCCAGAUAAACUUCCUGCGGCCAGCCAGAGAACUUCACCAGGAACAGUGGCUUGUCUUCUUGGUGUGUUUUCUUCCUGCAGGUAGCAAUGUGCUGAUCGGUGACAUCUUAGUUCUUGGCGGGGCUUCGCUCUACGCCAUUUCCAACGUGUGUGAAGAAUACAUCGUGAAGAAGCUGAGCAGAGAGGAGUUUUUGGGAAUGGUGGGCUUAUUUGGAACAAUCAUCAGUGGCCUACAGCUGAUGAUUGUGGAAUAUAAGGAUAUUGCCAGCAUUCAGUGGGACUGGAAAAUCGCCAUGCUGUUUGUGGCGUUUGCCCUCUGUAUGUUUUGCCUGUACAGCUUUAUGCCGUGGGUAAUAAGAGCCACCAGUGCCACGUCUGUCAACCUGGGCAUCUUGACAGCCGACCUCUACAGCCUUUUCUUUGGACUCUUCCUCUUUGGCUAUCAGUUUUCAGGUCUCUACAUCCUGUCCUUCUCCGUCAUCAUGGUGGGCUUCGUCCUCUACUGCUCCAGCCCCACGCGCACCGCCGAGCCGCCCGAGAGCAGCGUGCCUCCGGUCACCGUCAUUGGCAUCGACAACUUGGGCCUGAAGAUCGACGAGAACCUCCAGGAAGCGCACUCGGCAGCCUUGUAGCCGCAGACGGAGUGCAUGCCUUGCUUCAGACCCGGGCCCGCCAGGUCCUGGUAGAGCAGAAGCUGCCGGUGGCUGCGGGGACUCUCGGAUCAUGAUCGGACUCGAGCGAACCCCGAGCGAACCCGGCAGCCUGCAUGGCACCCUGGGUGAGAUGUGAGAAAGGAGCACAGGAUAAUGUAUCCAGCAUUCCCACUUGCUGUCCGGUUGGCCCUGACUCGGUGAGACCUCGUGUGCACUGGGGUAGAGCGGGACUCCAUAGGUUCUUCCCAACGGCUGGUUGAGGAGGAAGCAGAGAGCCAGGACUUUCUGCCGAGGCCCUUCCGGGUGGACUGAAAGCUGCACCCCUUUGGUUAGCAGCCGACUGCAUGAACUGUUUUUAUCUCGUGGGACCAUCAAGCAUGGACAUGCCCAAACCAGACCAGAAAGGAAAGCAGGGCUUUUGUGCCUGUGUGUUUGAAGAUCAAUACCUGUUGGUGUGGGGAGACUCUAUUGGGAUUGGAGUUGGAAGUGGGAAGCAGGAUGGAGGAGUCAGCCAGGAGUGAGCCAGCGCCAGGACAACCUGAAAGCCAAAGCCGGCUGCCCAGACACAGCUAGGUGGUCAGGAAGAGGUGGCAGCCCAGAGUGGCUAUGGGGUAGCUGUCCUCUGGCCCUCUUCCAGCAAAGGCAGUCCUUGACCAUAAGCCUGGCGGACCUGCGGUGCACAGAUGAGGCCUGGUGACUGAUUGACUGAAUAUGGCAGGAAGAGGGCAGCACUUGAGAAAUGAUUGACUAGAAGUGAGUGUAGCAUAGAAACAGUAAACCAGAGUCCGGGACACCCAGGAACCCUCUCCCAGCUGUGAAAAGAGGAUACUUGCUACACAACCUCUUACCAAAUAUUUGUAAUGUGUUAGGAGAUUUUUAUGAUGUCUCUUCAAUCCAGAGCAUUAAGAUUACAUUACCAACCACCAGUAUGUCUGUUGAAGAAAGCAUUAUGUAAAUUAUUUUGUAAAAAUGCAAUAAAGGCACGGAGCUGAGUUCACUUUAUUAAAAGAUUUUGAAAUCGUG